GCGGCAUCGAAAUCGAAUCGAAUAUCAUCAAUAAUACAGCCUCAGACCGUCAACAGCCGCCGUAUGUGUCCAAUUCUCCAAGUACCCGAGCCGCAGAUGCGAGAAUGCGCCGCCAGCCUCUCGCUUGUUGGCGAGCCCGGCUCAAUGUUACACUGCAGCAUUCAGCUGGCUCAGAAGUUUGAUUGAAAGAAGCUGAGAUGUUUACAACACUACAACGACAAGACAGUCGGCCGACAGAAAUGGCUGCAUCAUUAUAUCUGGACAGACUCUCGCUCCUUCUAGGGGGGGACGCCUAUGGGCUGCUAUUCUCGGAGUAUGCCCGAAAGCCCGAGAUUUCAGUGGCAGAAGACUAUGGGAAACCGUGCAUCUAUCCUUUGUACCGCACGUCUGCGCCGGCUAUCGAUUCCGGCGUCAUAUUUGUACAGAACAUCGAUCUGGACAUGAUCAGCGCUUUUGGCACGCACUACGAUAUCGAGCCAUUGUUCUUUGCUCAUCACGCACUGCGGGUACGAGAGUAUAGAAGCGACAUGAGUAGUGAAGAGAGAUUCUCUUUUCUGUGAGUCUGUGUGCACACCAGUCACCCCAACGACACUUGUCUCGCCUUUCAAGAUCACCGAG